AUGUCUUCAACGAGCAGUUGCAGCUGUUCUUCAGACGCGGACCCAGGCAUCGAGACAAACCAGCCUGCCACACAUACCACCUUUGCCAGCGUCGGCGGGCAUUUUAUGACGGAGUUGCAUAUUUCUUCUGUUGCAGCGGCGACACUUUCCAGCAGCGCCAGCGAGGCUGCCUCGCCUCCCCACGGCGCCGUCUACGACUCACCACGGUAUCUGGAGGGGUUCUUCGCGGAUCUCGACGCGCGCAAGGCAACGCUUUUCGCUUCGCCCCCCUGCCAGAAACCGGCGGGGGAUGUGGAUCUCGCGUUGGACUCCCUCGUGGGGCGAGGAGAGACAUUAGGAUCGUCCGCGUCGCCCAAGAUCGUUCCAUUGGGGAGCCUGCGCAGCUAUGCCAACGAGGCUGUGAGCCUCUCGCCGAUCCCGUCUCCCGCCCCCGUGCCGGUGCCGGAGACAGUCGCCACCUCGUCUUACGCGACAUACGAGGGCGAGCGGCUGCUUUUCGUAAAUGAGGGUGUGAUGCUCUCGACUCGCUUGUCCUCCCCCGGCCGCGGCGCCCCGCGCGCGGGAGUCGAGCGAGUGGAUAUUGCCAACCAUAGGCCCGUAACGAGCACGACUGGCGCUAGGAUGGCGGUCCCCACACAGAAAUCUCGCAUCUUUGAGUGGGACGAGGAGGUGCGCUCGCGACGGCAGGCAAGUCCGCCACCGGGGCCUGGUGCCAACCGAGACGAGGGCGCGGCUCGUGACGGCACCGAGGCACAGGAGAGGGGCGAGCGGGUUGCUGAUGCCGAGUGCGAAGAGGCGCGGCUUGUGCAGCGUGCAAUGAAGGCGGCGUUGAUGGUUUCGACAUCCCCGCACGCCCCGACUGUUGUGCACCUGCACCCGUCAAACCCUUUUCUCGACCCUGCUGUCAACAGCAGCGAUGAAACGGUGCCUGGCUAUUUCAUCGAGGGCAUGUGCAGCACUCCUGCCCAGGCGGACUCGGAUGUGGUGCACCUCACCAACGGGUUGGUGACCGUGACGCCAAUGGAUGCCAGUGAUCUGCGCCGGCAGGUGGGGCACUCUUCGUCACCGCCGACGCAGCCGCCCUUUGACUUCUCCUAA